GUUCCUGUAGGUGGGGUCUGAGAAGGAGCACACGGGGUCGCCUGCCGCGGGGGGGAGUUGUGCAGGGACGGGGUGAGGAGGACCUGGUUGUCCGCGGUCCUUAAGGACCGAGGAACCAGGUGAGCCAAACUCCACCUUUGGGUGGUCGCUGUCCAGCGUGGAUCACCCCCUGCGAAGGAAACCCCGCCCCCGCUGCUCCUGCGCGCCCCGCCCAGGCCCGCAGCGCGGCUGCAGCGCGAGGGGCGGAGAGGCACAGCGCGCCGAGAGGACCAGACGCCCAGGUCGCCCGCAUCCACUGCCGCAGGAGACCCAGAGCGCGCCUUCGCCCGGGCGUCCCGGCUGCUUCCUUGGCCCCCGCGACCGAUCGCCUGCCCUCCGCCUCGACCCCGGCUCAGCGCUCCCUCCCUCCGGAGCCCACGCUACACCCCGUGCAAGCCCCAAGACCUGCCCCCCAGCCCCUCGUCGGCGACCACCAUGGCGGAGACCAACAACGAAUGCAGCAUCAAGGUGCUUUGCCGAUUUCGGCCCCUGAACCAGGCGGAGAUUCUGCGGGGGGACAAGUUCAUCCCCAUUUUCCAAGGGGACGACAGCGUCAUUAUUGGGGGAAAACCAUAUGUCUUUGACCGCGUGUUCCCCCCGAACACGACUCAGGAGCAAGUUUAUCAUGCGUGUGCCAUGCAGAUCGUCAAAGACGUCCUUGCUGGCUACAAUGGCACAAUUUUUGCAUAUGGACAGACAUCCUCAGGGAAAACACAUACCAUGGAGGGAAAGCUGCACGACCCUCAGCUGAUGGGAAUCAUUCCUCGGAUUGCUCGAGACAUCUUCAACCACAUCUACUCCAUGGAUGAGAACCUCGAAUUCCACAUUAAGGUUUCUUACUUUGAGAUUUACCUGGAUAAGAUCCGAGACCUUUUGGACGUGACCAAGACAAACCUGUCUGUGCACGAGGACAAAAACCGGGUGCCGUUUGUCAAGGGCUGUACCGAACGCUUCGUGUCCAGCCCGGAGGAGAUUCUGGAUGUGAUCGACGAAGGGAAGUCGAACCGUCACGUGGCCGUCACCAACAUGAACGAGCACAGCUCUCGGAGUCACAGCAUCUUCCUCAUCAACAUCAAGCAGGAGAACAUCGAGACCGAGCAAAAGCUCAGCGGGAAGCUGUACCUUGUGGACCUGGCCGGGAGCGAGAAGGUCAGCAAGACUGGCGCGGAGGGGGCUGUGCUGGAUGAGGCCAAGAAUAUCAACAAGUCGCUGUCGGCCCUGGGGAACGUGAUCUCCGCCCUGGCUGAGGGCACGAAAAGCUACGUGCCCUACCGCGACAGCAAGAUGACGCGGAUUCUCCAGGACUCUCUGGGGGGGAACUGCAGGACAACCAUGUUCAUCUGCUGCUCGCCCUCCAGCUACAACGACGCCGAGACCAAGUCCACCCUGAUGUUCGGGCAGCGGGCAAAGACUAUUAAGAACACUGCCUCGGUGAACCUGGAGUUGACUGCUGAGCAAUGGAAGAAGAAAUACGAGAAGGAGAAGGAGAAGACCAAGGCCCAGAAGGAGACCAUUGCGAAGCUGGAGGCUGAGCUGAGCCGGUGGCGCAAUGGAGAGAACGUACCUGAGACUGAGCGCCUGGCUGGGGAGGAUUCAGCUCUGGGAGCUGAGCUCUGCGAGGAGACGCCCGUGAACGACAACUCAUCCAUCGUGGUCCGCAUCGCCCCGGAGGAGAGGCAGAAGUACGAGGAAGAGAUCCGACGCCUCUACAAACAGCUGGACGACAAGGAUGAUGAAAUCAACCAGCAGAGCCAGCUCAUCGAGAAGCUGAAGCAGCAGAUGCUGGACCAGGAGGAGCUGCUGGUGUCUACUCGGGGAGACAAUGAGAAGGUCCAGCGGGAGCUAAGCCAUUUGCAGUCCGAGAACGACGCCGCCAAGGAUGAGGUGAAGGAAGUUCUUCAGGCUCUGGAGGAGCUGGCCGUCAACUAUGACCAGAAGUCCCAGGAGGUGGAGGAGAAGAACCAGCAGAACCAGCUGCUGGUGGACGAGCUGUCCCAGAAGGUGGCCACCAUGCUGUCCCUGGAGUCCGAGCUCCAGCGGCUCCAGGAGGUCAGUGGACACCAGCGAAAACGGAUCGCUGAGGUACUGAAUGGGCUGAUGAAGGACCUGAGUGAGUUCAGUGUCAUCGUGGGCAACGGUGAGAUUAAGCUGCCAGUGGAGAUCAGCGGGGCCAUCGAAGAGGAGUUCACUGUGGCCCGACUCUACAUCAGCAAAAUCAAAUCGGAGGUCAAGUCUGUGGUGAAGCGGUGUCGGCAACUGGAGAACCUCCAGGUGGAGUGUCACCGCAAGAUGGAGGUGACUGGGCGGGAGCUGUCGUCCUGCCAACUGCUCAUCUCACAGCAUGAGGCCAAGAUCCGUUCGCUCACGGAAUACAUGCAGAGUGUGGAGCUGAAGAAGAGACAUCUGGAAGAGUCCUACGAUUCCCUGAGCGAUGAACUGGCCAAGCUUCAGGCACAGGAAACUGUGCAUGAAGUGACCCUGAAAGACAAGGAACCAGACACACAGGAUGCAGAGGAAGUGAAGAAGGCCCUGGAGCUGCAGAUGGAGAAUCACCGUGAGGCCCAUCACCGGCAGCUGGCCCGACUCCGGGAUGAGAUCAAUGAGAAGCAGAGGACCAUCGAUGAGCUUAAAGACCUGAACCAGAAGCUGCAGCUGGAGCUGGAGAAGCUUCAGGCUGAUUAUGAGAGGCUGAAGAACGAGGAGCAUGAGAAGAGCGCCAAACUCCAGGAGCUGACAUUUCUCUACGAGCGACACGAGCAGUCCAAGCAGGACCUCAAAGGGCUGGAGGAGACAGUUGCCCGGGAACUCCAGACCCUCCACAACCUUCGCAAGCUGUUCGUUCAAGACGUCACGACUCGAGUCAAGAAAAGUGCAGAAAUGGAGCCCGAGGACAGUGGGGGGAUUCACUCCCAGAAGCAGAAGAUCUCCUUUCUUGAGAACAACCUGGAGCAGCUUACUAAAGUUCACAAACAGCUGGUACGUGACAAUGCAGAUCUGCGUUGUGAGCUUCCGAAACUGGAAAAACGACUUAGGGCUACGGCUGAGAGAGUUAAGGCCCUGGAGGGUGCACUGAAGGAGGCCAAGGAGGGCGCCAUGAAGGACAAGCGCCGGUACCAGCAGGAGGUGGACCGGAUCAAGGAGGCGGUGCGGUACAAGAGCUCCGGGAAGCGGGGCCAUUCCGCCCAGAUCGCUAAGCCUGUGAGGCCUGGCCACUACCCGGCCUCUUCACCCACCAACCCCUACGGCACCCGGAGCCCCGAGUGCAUCAGUUACACCAACAACCUCUUCCAGAACUACCAGAACCUGCACCUGCAGGCUGCACCCAGCUCCACCUCAGAUAUGUACUUUGCUAACUCCUGUGCCAGCAAUGGAGCCACAUCCGGCGGCCCCUUAGCUUCCUACCAGAAGGCCAACAUGGACAACGGAAACGCCACAGACAUCAACGACAACAGGAGUGACCUGCCAUGCGGCUAUGAGGCUGAGGACCAGGCCAAGCUUUUCCCCCUCCACCAAGAGACAGCAGCCAGCUAACUCCCAUGCCUGGCUACGUAUCUGCACUUUCAGUUUCUAAGAGGGACUGAGGCCUCUUCUCUCAGCAUGCUGCAAACCCUGUGGUCUCUGACACUAGCUCCCUCUCCAGGCUGUGUUGUUGGACUGUCGAUCUCCUCCUCCUCCAUAUCUUUGUACUCUGUAUCUAUACACGAGAAGCUGCUGCUGUGUCUCCCUCUCUGUCGUCCUCUCUGGGUACCUGGUGAUGUAGGUAGCGGUUUUUAUGCCUAGCCUCCCCUCCUCGUUCGGGUUUAGGGAGGAGGGGAACGUCUUCUUCUUUCUUCCAUACACUCGUUUCUCACACCGAGUGAUGCUCGUCACCGAGUAGAGGUCACAAGAUGAUAAAGGAAAAAAUAUGAGCUAGGAGGCUGUGAUCCUUCUUGCUCACACACACACACACACACACACACACACACACACACACACGCACACACGCGCACACACACACACACAGUGUACAUACAAAGCCUUAAGCAGAAGAAUGUCUUAGCAUCUACAAAAAGAGAGAAACAGACCCCGCCCCCCCCCUUUACAGAGCACAGAGGAGGACCCAGCGGAAGGGUUGAUAGAUUAUCCCGGCCCCCAUACGCCCUUCACCCAAGUCAGGAGAUGGCGGGAACUUACUUCCGUCCUAUGGAGUCUGCCUUUUGCUCCCUUCCCCCGAGUCUGGGAGCGUGGAUGGUUCAAGGGACUAUUCCCCUUUCUGCCCCGAGCCUCUUUUGAUACCGUCUACUUUAGAAAUCACAACCAGAACUUAGAGUCGAUAUAGAAAAAAAAAAUAUUCUGAAAAGUCAAGGAGGCAGACCUCUGAGAAACGGCUGCUCAUCUGUCUGUGCCGAGAGUUAUAAGCAGGCGGAGUUAGACCGGUGGGUCCCCUGGGGCUGGGGGCUGCCAUGUGACUCUCUAUCACAGUGCCCUCGGUUGAAGCUGGGAGCUCACUCUUUCUCCCUUCUGGGCUGCCCGCGUUUCCCACCUCUGAUUCUGGUCUGGGGGCUUCCAGUUCAUUUAUUGGCAUAAGAGCUGUUUCUAGAUGCCCCUGGCUGGAGCCUGGCUUUUUCCCAGAAUACCUUCUUCCCGUAGAGACUUCUCUCUGAUCUCCGUCUAGUACCAAGCGCACUUUAAAGACAGAGCAGGAGGUCCAGCGCAGUGGCAGACAGCUUCCCCAGCACAUGAAAAGGCCCUGGGUGGAUCCCCAGCACCUCAAAAGCAAAAGCUGGGUAGGGUGGCUCACAUUUGUGAACGCUGCUCUCAGGAAGCUGAGGUGGGAAAGUGGCUAAAUUUGAGGCUAGCCUGGGCUAGAGUCAGUUUCAGAAAAGCUUCAGGUGCAGUGAGAAACCCUGUCUCAAAACAAAGAAAAAAAAAGACAGGGACUGGUCAGAUUUUUUUCAGAGCUGAUGGAGGCGGAGGCUUGAACUUAGUACUCACCCCACAGCCAUUCUGAGCCCAGGCCCCCACCCCCCAACCGUCAAGGGGACAUCGUUUGAGCUCAGAUGGCCCUUUCCCCCCACCUGGUAAGGUGAUUUCCCCAGAAAACUGCAGGAAUGAGGGUCACUAGCCAGACGAGGCCAGGAAAUACAGCCGAGCAUCCAGAUACCCAGCUUACCCCGGGGCGGGAGACCAGACAGCCGGAGCAGGGCAGACCGUCUUCCGGCUUCUAGGACGAGAAGGAAAACGGUGUGGGUGACAGCUGGUAAACACAGGCCGGAGCGGCCGUGAUGCCUUCAGGGCAAAGUGUCUGCUUUCUACCUGUGAAGGGAUGACAGAGAUGCAAACAGAAUCAGAGUGGUGUGCGAGAACGCCAAAGCGGCAAUUCUCAAACGCUUUUGAAACUAAAUCUUAUGUAGGAAGACAUAAAAAGUAACACAGGGUUUAAUGGUGGCUCAGUGGCAUGUGACAAGGGCUAAGGGUCUCGUGUGUCUCUGGAGCUGCAAAAAAACAAGAAACAACCAAAAUGGUCAAGUAAUUCAAGCCUGGGAAGUUGUUUUUUGUUUUUGUUUUGUUUUUCGAGACAGGGUUUCCCUGUGUAGUUUGGAACCUGUCCUGGAUCUCGCUCUGUAGCCCAGGCUGGACUCGAACUCACAGAGAUCCGCCUGCCUCUGCCUCCCGAGUGCUGGGAUUAAAGGCGUGCGCCACCACCUCCAGGUCCUGGGAAGUUUAUAUCAUCUUUCUUUUUGCUUAACUAGUUGAAGGGCCCUGAAACAGUCCUAAGAGUCUGAGCAUCACUUAUUUGCAAGAGGGGUCCAAUGUGGUUUCCCUACUCUAAACCCCAGCUCAAAAGGAAGAACAGGCAGGGCCACGUGAGUCACCGCCUCAGAGCCAGUGGGCGAAGGAGGAAGACAGCAUCCUGUCUGUGGCUUCAUGCCAGCCGGACACCUGAGAACCUGAGGGAGUUUGUAACGACAAGGAAAUGGGAAGGUACCCGCAGAGCAGACGAAAGGGAGGGCGACAUCCUUCUCUGUCUUCAGCAAGAUGUAAGAGAAAAUGCCGCUUGCUUAUGUCAGCGAGAAACACCCACUUCACCAGAAGCCUCUCACUACACUCUCCCUCCUUCCAUUCACUCCGUCCCUCUCCGAGAGUCAGGUCACCAGGAGGGCCACCCGGCCCGCCCACUCACAUCUGCCAAAAUGUUGCAUGCCCUCGAGGAAGACAGACCAAACUGCACAAAUCCCAGUGUGUAUUUACUUGGUGGACACAGAUACCUUUAAAAUAAAAUAAAUCCAAGACGA